AUGGCGAGUCGACUGGCGACGAUGUCGUUGGUGUCGUCGUUGCUGCUGCUACUCGUGAUAGCGGCAGCCUCCGCGAGACCCUACAAAGUAACCGAGGACGAAUCCGCCGGCACCCAACAUCAUCACCACAAGGACAGUCACGGCGAGGAACACGGCGGCAAAGAGCACCACCACCAUCACCACGAGGAGCACGGAGAAAAGGGCGACAAGGGCCACAAGAGCCACCAUCAUCACGAUAAGGGCGAACACGGAGAGCACGACAAGGCCCAUCACGCGGGUCACCACGAGGAACACGGUGGACACCAUAAAAAACAUCACGACGAAGAGGGAGAGCACGGAGAGCAUCACGAAGAGAAGAAGGGACACAAGGGAGGAAAGUUCGGCGAAAAGAAGGGCCAUAAGAAGGGCCACAAGACCAGUGGCUACCAUCACAAGAUGCACAAGGACGAGUACCACAAGGAGCACAAGUUCUACGACGAUUAUCACAAAGGCGGACACCACGAAAAACACGGCCAUCAUCACGGACAUCAUGGUCAGCACGAGGGUCAUCAUAAGAAGGGCAGCAAGCACCACAAGGGCCAUCACGACGAGCACAAGGGCAAGAAGGGACAUGCCAGUAAGGGACAUCACGAUGAGGAUCAUAAAGGCCAUCACGGCAAGAAGGGCCACGAGGAGCAUCAUCAUCAUCACGAGAAGCACCACAAGAAGGGCGGACAGCAUCAUGGCAAAAAGCACCACUACAAAAAGGGAUGA